UGACUUGACACACAACUUGCUUGUUCCAGUACGCAGUCACCCCGCGCAAGGGACUCAUUAGCCUAUCUAUGCAAGAAGGGUUGAUACGCAAGAUGCGCCACAGGCCGCUUUGUUGAUCUUUUGGCUGGAGGUUUGGUCUGUCUGUUACAGGCGUAUGUAGAGGCGUCGACAAAGCCUCGUCUCCCUUUGUCAGUGCAACCAAGCACAAUGCACAAAGAACAGCAACACGAGUUGAGUUGCCUUCCAUCGCCUACAUACUUUCUUUGCCUUCUCAAUCAGGCUUUGUUGCACUGAAUAUUGCACGUUUCUACUCUUGGCUAACCCCAAGCCGUGGGGGUACAGGCCACAGAGCACGUACAGCAGAGCAACAACUGAUCCAGACCUGAUGCUCGCCUCGUCGCUCUUCAACUUCCCCACAAUCACCUGUUCCGUUCAUAACAGGACUGCCUUUCUACUGGUGCCAUUUCCGCUCUCGCAAGCUGAGCUGCCGUCUGCGUCUUUGUCUGCGAUCUACCCUUGCUCCAGGGACGCACGCAGUAGCCGCCUUAGGUGCCAUGUUGUCUCUCCAAUCUGCAUCAACAGCAACCCCUUCGUCCAUCAACCAAUUAAACUCUUCUCUUGCAACCAGGCUCGUGAGCUCUCCCACGCCUGGCCCACUUGCAUAUGUGCAGAAAUGCAUGCAAUGCAAGCCAGAAAUCCCCCGAUGACGACAGUUUGGCAUGGACAUGGAUGUGUUUUACUGCUAGCCACAUAGCCUAUCUAGCCUAUCCAUGUGCCCGCGGAAUCAAUCAAUGGACACAUGAAAUCAGAGUCAAGAAUCCUUUCAGAUCCUCAAAGAUCAUCUCUCAGGUUUAUUACAAAGGACCCUGAAACCGACUAAUAUAGCAAACCGAAACAAUCGUCUCUCUCUCCUAUCUCUCAAGUUAACAGAUGAAACGACUGAAGGGUCCUUGUACGACCUAAGCUGCGCGAUAUCCCAGCUUCUCGUGACUCGCAUCACUUCGUUUAAUACUGCGACGAUCAUGGAAGGUGUCUGAAACUGUCCAAUCUUAUCUGGCGCUGUUUACUGAUCGCCAAUUGCCUCGGUCUCUUCCCGUGAGUUGGAGCUGCAUGCAGGCAGUGCAACCCCCCCCCCCCCUUCAACUUGCUUGAGCAACCUGCAACCAAGGAAUGACAGUCGGGGUCUCGGUCUUUGCGAUAACGGACCUGUCUGAUUUGAUAUCAGUUCUCUACUGGCGGCUAUGUCAAUUGGUACGCGUAGUAUCGUACAUACAACAGCACAUUGGCCAAGACUGGACAAGCUGGGCUCACUCUUACUCUCUGGCUUCCUUGAACAUUGACGCUCCUCGUCACGUUGACCCGUCCUGCUGGGCACUAACCCCGCGUUGUGAAGUCAAACCCCGCAUCUUAAAACAAUAUGACAGUCAACGCGGUAUCAGCGCGUAGCUGUUAAAUUCGCAUGUUACUCUGCUGUGCUUAUGCUUGUUUGAGAGGGUGUCUUCUGUGCUCUCGCUCAUGCAGCCCAGAUAGCCUUCUGAAGUUGACUGUCCAGUGUCCUUCACCCACAGCCCGCCCACCCACUCUUUGGACAGGGCUCUGACAUCGCGAGACUCCGGCGGUGAACAUGCUAUUUCUUUACGUUGUUGAAAUUACGGCUGGGAUCACGAACAAGAAAACAUCGAGCUACAAAGAGGAUAAUGAUCACGAGAUGACCGCCAUCAUGGCAACAAUGGAGUCAGCUCUGUGCAUUCAAGUUGCUCAGCAUAUUACCGCUAAGCAGUAUAUGGGAUAGCGAUAGCCAUUAACAGGAUAUCCUGAGAAGUCGUUUCGAUACACUUCUCGAAUUCUAACUGCAUCCAACAUACCUACCUACAUAGACUUUGAUCUAGCUGGUUUGGAGACCGAGCACAUGGGUCUCAAAAGUAUCGCAUUGUGACACUGGUGAACGCUGAAGAGGGUGCAGAUGCAUUUAUCUACGGGAGAUACAUUGAUCAAUUAAUGCUCAUCAAAGCAAUGUCACCACCGUGUAAGUCCUUACCCGCACCUCGCAUAUCGACCCGCAUGCCGCAAAGCUCCAUCUCUCUGCAUCGUCAAACAGACCCAGGUCUCGGCCGGUUAUACCACUGGACUGGCCCGACUUGAGGACCCAUCAUCUCAUUGAUUUUACGCCGAAAACAGAGAAGACAGGUGCGCGGUUUUUUGGCAAAGGAGGUGUGGACUGCUGCAUGAUGGGUUGUACAGCAUUCGAUGGAGUCUGAGGAGGUGGACUGAACUCUCAUCUCAUUUUCCCUUGCCGUUCUCCCUAGCCGGUUCCUUUCAUCCUGAGAAGAGCCGACCGCCCGUGAGAUGGCUUGAUGUUGAUACAGCCGCGGGAUAUGGGUGCCCAUCAGAAGCCACAUCUACAGAUUGAGGAACAAGCAUUCUUCGUCAUGCAAGAUGCAUCCUCUAUGACGAUGACGGUACCGGUCUUGUUGCCGGUUUGGAAUCUUUGCUUCCGUAGUCAAGUUGCCGAUCAGGGACGGGACUUGUCUUGACAUGCCCUCCUAGAUCUCUGCCAAGAGAUUGAUUUUCUCCGAAUGGGGCCAGAGCUUUUACAACCUCAGCUAUAACUCUCUCGAUACGGCGGCUGAUGAGGCUGAAUACCGACGGACAGACAAUAAAUUACUUUUGAAAAGUCUAACGGUCAUUCAUUGACUACUCUAGCUACUGUACUUGGGCGCCGGAAACUUCCUUGUUCUCCCUGCUCGAGGAUGAAGCCAUAGUGGGUUCCUGAAAAUUUGCUUCCCGUCCAGACUUUUCUAGACCAACAACAGCUUCAAGCUUGAACCUUUUUUUGAUUGACUCUCUUCAUCGUUCUCGGUCCGCUAGUGUCGCGAUGAGAAUUGGCUUGAGUACUUUACGAUACCUCCCCAAGCCCAAGGCUUCCUCCACUUACCGACAAACCGUCGAGGCAGAGCUCGUAAAAUGCUAAUGAAAGUCAAUCGUAAUUUCUCACCAAGAAUGAGGUUCAGCCACAGUCUGACCGCGAAUUACGGUCUCGUCAGUGGAGACCUCAUCACUUUUUUCCAGCUUUCAGCCUUCUUCUUCGAGCUCUGUAACUGUUGUUGAGUUCCCACACCCGCUUGAAGGUUCAAGUUCUGGCUUUGCACACUUUGGUCUCCUCCCAUAUUUCCCUGUUAACAUGGCUGAGACUGUGAUGCAAUUCACUGCUCAGAGUGUCUUGGCAGGGGCUGGGUUUGAGAAACGUUGAUUCCACUGCAGGUACUGUACGGUAACAUGCUGUAACAAUACAAUACCGUACUGUAUGUAUUGGAUACGGGCUGAGGUGUAUUUGCCAAGAAGGAAUUACGCAGUAAGGUGAGAUAAGCACAGCUGAACUUGUUUAUGCUGCGCCAGGUUGAUGAUGAAAAGUGAGGAUCCGUGACGCCAUGAGCCACUCCUGUUGUCACGACGAUGCCCAAAAAGCUACGUGUAUUCCGUGGCAAAGGACAACUCUGCGAGUUUCACUUCUCACCCAUCACCGCGCAAAGACGCACAUGGAAGAUCUCGGGCCUCACGGAUCCCGGGGAUCGUCAACUGCCAGCGGACUCUCGAAGGCCCGAAAGUCCAUGGAGUACGGAGUACGUACGAAUGGCGGGUUCCAGCGCAUUUGAUGGGUUGGAAAGCAGGCACAAGAAAGCAUAAACGUUACCUAGCCGACUUGUUUCUGCGACGUGUGAGGUCAUGACAGCUCAGGUGAUCGGCAAUCGUACAGUACGCGUUUGAGUGCCGAGUCAGCGAGUCCAGAUUUUUCCUGUUUAUUUGAGCUUUUGCUUUGGUGAUGUCUGAGAGGGAGAACCCGGUUCCUCCGAGUCAUAUCCGGCUCGGUUAUACUUUCCAGACGGAAAUAUCUGGAUUUAUGGUCGAUUCGACAUAUUGUCGUCAUGGAGGAGGGGAAUUUGAGGGGUUGUCUAGUGGAUGAAAACGACAGAAACUGAGAGACCUAUUCUUGGGUACAGGGUAACCUGUUUGUCACGAAUGCUUCACAUGACACAGGAAAGGUCAUUCACCAAGUUGGAUGAUUUGUGCACCGUCGACUAAUGUCACAGUCAAUUGGAUCAUCUCAUAAGACCCUUAUGAUAGAUCUCUUUCGUCUCACGUGAGACUCAUGAACGUUCAGGGUCCAUAUUCGUAUCACAUGAAUGCUGUGCUUAUUCUCAAGCGUUCAAGGCAUAUGGUCAGACACAACUGACUCUGUUGCUCCAAAAAGGUAUCGUUGGGGGUUGAACGGAAAAAGUAACAAACACAUGAAAUAUAUUUCCUUAUGGUGAAUAGACACAGCUACGAUACCAUAUUAAUCUUAUCUCGGAUGAAAGAAGCUUUAUGUUUCUGGAUUAUUCACUGCAGAGAAACCAAAGAGUUCAAGCAUAGAAAAGCUCAUGCUCUACGUAUUCAGUAUAUAAUAUCACCACAACUGACGUCUCACCUGUGAACCCAAGACUGGAAUCCACGUUGCCUCUGUUUUCGAGCAACUUCAUACUCACAAAGCGAGCCACAAUGGUAAGGAAUGAGUGAGAUAUCCCAGGCAGUAUGACAGGGCCACCAUAAGUACUUACUAGUUGAUUCACAUAACUUGGUAUCCAUGAGAUUGUCAUUGAGUGUGUUUUCAAAGCAUAACACCACCAAAUGUUAAGAGGGAAAGGCUUGAACCAACUGAGAUUAAGUACGCCAAGAGAAGACGGCUCGGAGUGAAGUGCCAACACGAGUGAACAUUCUUAGUAUUGGUGGUUGUGUGCAUGGCAGUCUUAGACAAUCUCAUGUCAGCACCCUCACCAUGAGAUACAGCAUGCCUAAGAGAACGAGCUUGCCCUGAUGCAUAUCAUUGAAAGAUGUCGAGAACAUAACAGGCAACAGACUGUUCGCUCAAAGAUCGGUUGCUUCUUAGCUAAUUAGUAUUGAUUCUCUAUCAGUAGUUGCCACUUUGCUAUAUUGAUCACACGUGCAUGAUGGAACUUUACAGCAUGCAAAGCAUUGUGAUCUAAGAAAGAUUCCUUAAAAAAGAAAGC